GCGGGCUCGGGCUGAAAUGCAAAACUUGUGUCCGCGGCUCCGCGCCGGCCGACAGCAGCGAGCAGGCGCCGGAGCCGGAGCCGGGCGGGGGCCGGCAGGGCAGCGCCGCCGUCCGCGUCCGCGUCCGCCCCGUCCCGCGCCAUGUGAGCGGCCCGCGCCGGCCCCGCAGCGCAGCGGCCGCGGAUGCCCCGCAGCAUGUUCGGGCUGGAGCAGUUCGAGCCGCAGCCGCCCGGCCGCAGCCUGGAGCGGCCCUUCGGCGCGGCGCUGCAGCCCCUGGGCGCGCACUUCAAGGCGGCGCCGGGCUUCCCCGCCGACGCGGCGCUGGACCCGCCGCUGCUCGGCAUGAACAUGAGCCUGGCGCCCGACUACGGCUUCCACGCGCCCCGCGGCGCCGGCCUGGAGCACCCGCCGCCGCCGCCGCAGCAGCCCCAGCCGCAGCCGCAGCCCCAGCCGCAGCCGCAGCCCCAGCAGCACGGCUUCUUCGGCGCGCAGCAGCCGCCCGGCGCCGCGCACCCGCACCCGCACCCGCCCUUCGGCGGCGGCGGCGGCGGCGGCACCGGCGGCUUCGGGCCCGAUCCGGGCGCCUCGUGCCUGCACGGCGGGCGGCUGCUGGGCUACGGCGGGCAGGGCCAGGGCCAGGGCCAGCCGCAGGCCGCCUUCGCCGAGGGCUACGAGCAGCACCUGGCCGACCCGCAGGCGGCCGCCGCUGACGGCUUCGCCCCGCCGCCGCGCGCCGACUUCCAGCAGCCGCCGCCGCCGCCGCCGCCGCACCACGGGCCGGUGUCGGGCCACGCCGUGCCCGCGCCCUGCCUGCCGCUGGACCAGUCGCCCAACCGCGCCGCCUCCUUCCACGGCGCCGCCGACUCGCACGGGCUGGAGCGGCGCCUGCCCGCGCCGCCCGACGGCCUGGACUACAGCUACCCCGACGGCGCGGCCGCGCACUUCGACCUGCCCGGCUUCUCGCCCUCCGAGCCCGACGCCCAGGCGCCGCUGCCCGCCUACGGCCGUCCCGGCUUCCCCGUGCCCCGCGGCCCGGCGCUGGGCCUGGCCAAGCCGCCGCAGCACCCGCCGCCGCAGCAGCAGCCCGCGCCGCACGGCGUCUUCUACGAGCGCUUCGGCGGCCGCAAGCUGCCCGCGGCCAUGGAGCCGGGCGGGCGCCACGGCCUGAUGCAGCCGCCGCAGCCGGGGCUGCUGGCCCGCCAGAGCUCGUGCCCGCCCGCGCUGCCGCGCCAGCCGGCCGCCGAGGCCAGCGUGCCCGACGGGGCGGGCGCGGGGCAGGGCCCGCACGCGCAGCACCAGCACGCGCAGCACCAGCACCAGCACCAGCACCAGCACGCCGCCUUCGAGUACCCCAUCCACCGGCUGGAGAACCGCGCCGUGCCCUACGGCGACGCCGUGUUCGGCGUGGGGCAGCCCCCGCCGCCGCCGCCCGCGCCCAGCCAGCGCCUGCAGCACUUCGACGCGCCCUACCUGAGCGCGCCCAAGCGGCCCCGCUUCGACUUCCCCGAGCGCUGCGCGGCCUGGGGCGGCGGCGGCCUGGCGCUCGACACGCACCUGUCGCCCUCCGCCUACGCGGGGCUGCCGGGGGACUUCACGCCGCCGGGCCCCGACGGCUUCGCGCCCGCGCUGCAGGCGCCCGACCUCCAGCAGCAGCAGCAGCAGCAGCAGCAGCAGCAGCAGCAUCAGCAGCGGCACAACGCGGCGGCGGCGGCCGCGGCGGCGGCGGCGCUCAUGAUCAAGCAGAUGGCGUCGCGCAGCCAGCACCAGCCCCCGCAGCGGCUGCGCCCGCCCGGCCUGCAGGCGCUCGGCCACCCGGGCGACGUGCACGGCGGCGGCGGCGGCGGCGGCGGCUUCGAGCGGGCGGACGGCGGCGGGGCGCGGGCGGCCUUCGAGGCGGCGCACGUGGACGGCGCCUGGUUCCCGGGCGGGGAGCUGCUGGCGCCGCCGCGCCGCCCGGCCGAGGCGCACGACCUGCUGUUCCGGCCGGGGCUGGAGGCGCUGCCCUCGCCCGGCCUGCACGCGCCCUUCGCGCCCAUGCCGUCGCCGGGCGCCGAGCGCCGCGCCCCGUCGGACUUCGCGCCGCCGCCGCCGCAGCCCCCGCAGCAGCCGCCCCCGCAGCAGCAGCCGCAGCAGCAGCCGCCCGGCUUCCCCUUCGGGCCGCCCGGCCGGCAGCCCACGCCGCACGGCGCCUCGCCCGACUUCGCCCCCGCGCCGCGGCCGGCCGCCAGCAAGCUGGGCGCGCUGUCGCUCGGCUCCUUCGGCAAGGCGGGCGGCAAGGACAGCGCCGUGUUCGGGCAGAGCUGCCUGGCCGCGCUCUCCACCGCCUGCCAGAACAUGAUCGCCAGCCUGGGCGCGCCCAACCUCAACGUCACCUUCGGCAAGAAGAGCCCGCCCGACGGCAAGCGCAAGCUGGGCGCGCCCGAGCCCGACGGCGCGGCCCCGGGGCCCGGCCCCGACUACUACCCGGCGGCCAAGCCGGCGGGCGCGGGGCAGGCGCUGCCCGGGGAGAGCAGCCUGUCGCCGGGCUACGCGCUGGAGGCGGCGCCGGGCCCCGACGGCAAGGCGGCGGCGGCGGCGGCGGGCGGGCGGGGGCGGGGGCGGAGGAAGCGGGACAGCGGGCACGUCAGCCCGGGCAGCUUCUUCGACAAGCUGGCGGCCGACGGCGGGGGCGGCGCGGCGGGGGUGAGCCCGGGGCAGCCGCCGCCGCCGCCGCAGCCCCCGCAGCAGCAGCAGCAGCAGCAAGCGCCGUCGGGGGAGCGCGGCGGCGGCACCCCGCACGACAAGCCGCUGACCUCGCCGUCGUGGGGCAAGGGCGGCGAGCUGCUGCUGGGCGAGCAGCCCGAGCUGCUGGCCUCGCUGGACGGCGCGGCCAAGCCGGACGGCGCCUCGCCGCCCGUGGACUUCGCCGAGGACGUGAGCAGCAGCUACGCGGCCGAGGACGAGGUGUCGUCCAGCUCCGACAAGCCGGCGCGCAGCCCGCUGCUGGGCGGCUCCCCCAAGCUGCCGCCGCCGCCGCGGCCCGAGCACGCCCUGCUCAACGGACAGAAGCCGCUGGCGCUCGGCCUGCUCUCCACCUCUACCUCGACCCCCGACAGCUACGGGCUGAGCAGCACCCACCCCGCCACGCCGGGCCUGGAGCAGGUGCGGACGCCCAGCAGCACGUCCGCGCAGGACGAGAUCCACCCGCUGGAGAUCCUGCAGGCGCAGAUCCAGCUGCAGCGCCAGCAGUUCAGCAUCUCCGAGGACCAGCCCCUGGGCCUGAAGAGCAAGAAGGCGGAGUGCGCCGGGCAGAACGGCGACGGCGACCUGGGCGCCUGCUGCCCCGACGGCGGCAAGGGGGCCAUGAGCACCAUCGACCUGGACUCGCUGAUGGCCGAGCACAACUCCACCUGGUACAUGCCCGGCGACAAGGCCCUGCUGGACGGGCCGGACGAGGACAAGCCCGUGGCGCCCUGGGAGAAAGCCAAGCCCCAGAACCCCAGCAAAGAAGAGUUGGUGAAGGUUUGAAAAAGCAGCCUUGAAAAAAGGAGAAGAGACAAUGAUUAGGAAACCCUGCACAAUUCAGUCCUGGAAGCUCUUUGUUGAAUUGGAUUCAAGCCCAAAUAGGGAAAAAAGAAAAGAAGAGGGAGAGAGGAGGACAACCCACACUUACAAAAAUACUGAAAACGUUUUGUAAAAACUUUGGGGGGAAAAAAAUCCAAAUGGUUACGUCCCCAACUCUGUAAAACUAAAAUAGAUUUGAAACUUCAAAACUGGCGUGAAAUGUGUUUUUCCCGUUUCUUGAGCAGGCUCAAACCUGUUCCCCUUUGGAGUAUCUCCUGCAUUCCCUGGCAGGCUCGUGGGAAUGGCAGAGGCGCACCUGCAAGGGCAGACUAGAGGUCUGGCUGGGGCUUGGACUUGAAGUGACCUCCUCAGGUCCUCCCAGCCCUCGUUAUCUUUGAUUGUCUUUCUCCUUUAGACGGUCACUUCAAACCCAGCCCAGGUCAGCAGUGUCCAGAUUCGUUUCUCUCUGGAGCCUGUCUGUUGGUUUGCACGGGGACAGCGGUGGUCGGUCUGGGUCCCGGUAGCCGAGCGUGCGCAUUACAAGCCACUGCAGGGACUGGCAUUAAUUGAAGUCCUCUUGCCAUCUCAGCAGAGGGGCUGUGGGUUUAAUGGUCCUUGUAGACCCAGCUCUCCUCUCGCCCCUUCACGUCAGAGGUGAGAAACGGUGGCGAGAGACCUGGUGGGUUGGUGGAUGUUCUCGUUUCAUGCCUUAAAUGUGUCCUCCUUCACCAGGGCGAGCUUCAUGUUGCACCCUGGGAGCGGGGAGGAGGUAGGGGUGGUUAGAAAACCCCUUCAGAUGUUGUCAAGAUUGCAAAUUCAACAAGGGCCCCAAGGGUUUACCGACACGUGGCGUUUCAGCUCCGUGGACACACCGGUGGCCCGGUCUGCCACUGCUUGCGGUGCCUUCCCUCCUGGACAAGGGCAGACCCGGCAGGGGAAGGAGCUGAGCGCUUUCUGGCUAGGUCGGCGGGUGGCCCUCGCGGCAGCAGUGGCAAGUGAGCCGGUCCCGGCUCUGCAGUGUUCCCUUGUUGUAACCCGGAUGCUGCUUCAUGGGCAUAAAUGCAACAAAACUGGGGAAUGACCUCUAAAUGGGGCUUGUCCCUUGCAUCUCGCUGAACGCGUGUUUGCCGUGCCGGCUCUGAGACCUGGUGAUGUUUUUGAACAGGGUUUUGUACUCCCAGGAGUCAAGCGAAGCACUCAGAAGGGCUGUGUGUAAACCCGCACACAAGGGGAAGGGGGAAGGGGCCCUUUGGAGAUUAAUUAAACAGAAAGGCCUCGCUGUAGAUGCAAGGUUUUCCUGAUAAGCCGCAGCCCCUCACCGAAGUGUGCUGCCAGUUGUUGUUGCUGAAUCCCAGCUCUCGGAGGAAAUCUGAGAGAUCUCCCCCUGUCCCCCACCUCUCCGUCCUCCCGCCUGCGUGCUUGUGUAUGGUUAAGUUUUCUACGCCAGCGAGAAGCAGAGUGGAAAUGUCAGGGGUCAGGCUGCAGGCAGGCAGGGGAGCAGUCGGCGGACCGGCUUCAGCUGCAGUCUCCGACUUUCUGAGAAACCCGAGCUGUGUUCCCGGGAAGGUUAACUCUUUCCAGCACAGCUGCCUCCCUGCCCACGGGGACCUCAAGAAUGUGUUUAGCAGCUAUAAUCUCUUAGGAUAGCUUUGGGUCCAGGGUUUUCUGGACAGGUGCAAACAGUGAAGUGGUGCUGAAUACAGUGGCCUUCAUCCGGCUUCUUGUUGCAGCCUCAGAUUGACCCCCUGAGAAGAUGCGACUGCCUGGGUCCUUUGCUCGGGGAGGAAAAGCUGCAUGGGAAACUGCCGUGCUGCUGUUCCAGAGGCGGAAGGACAUGGGAUUUCUUUGUGCCUGGCCGUGUGAAAAGCACUGUGCGCACCAUGAAAAGCAAAGCAGGACUUUUCAGAAUGGCUCUUGGAGCAGCGACACGGCUCGCUGUCUUCCACGCCAAACAAUAAUAAAUGAAGCCGAUGCACGAACCCUGCUGCAAACCGGCGUGCAGGUCCGUGGUGGGUCUUCCGCCUUUGUGUCCCACCAGCGUGCCGUGCAUUGUCCGGGCUCAGAUGCAGACAGCUUAGCCGUUUGCGAGGGAGUGAGUUGGCGGGUCCUUGGGGAGCGCUCAGUGCAGGAACCGCAGCACCCCCUUCCCUCUGUUGAAAUCGUAGCUGUUUUGUUACCCGAACGCUUCGGGUAAGCUGAGCAGGCACCGAUUUUAUGUAGCCCUGGGUGGUCAGUAAAUUCCCUUGGGUGACAUCCCAGCCCUGUGGAAGUCUGUGGCCGUUCCAGCCCUGACCUCUCUUGGGAUCCUUGCCCCCGUACUGGGCAGCCUUCCCGGUGCCACGCUGACCCGUGCCGUCUUGUGUUGUGUUACCUUGCCUUGCCUAGGACGGUACUGGCGGUACUGGGAGGACUGGCCGUGUUGAGCUCUGGAACCACCAGCCUGGCCCCAUGGGAGCUGGUGGGGGUGGUGAGGGGGGCUGUGUUGCCCCUGUGAUUUAGGCACUUUCUCCUUUUGUGCCUAACACCUUUUUGAGUGGCUUGGCAGUGUGGAGGCCGGCAACUCGCCUGUCUUCGGCCAAGAGGCAUUUUUGAAGGGAAAACGACAAACGAGAGGGUGUGAAGUGACCAGUGUGGGGCAGAAGGCCUUGAGGGGGGAGGUCGGGAGACACGCUCACGUAUGACUCCCUUUGCAAAGUCUCGGGCUUGCCAUUACGUAGUUAAUGACUUCUGUGAUGCUAGCUUUAGGCUGUGCCCUCUUGCACAUGUGGGCUGAGUUAGUGUGUGCACACACGUGCCUUGCUGGCUGGGCACAGGGCUACAGCGCUCCUCGAAUGUGCUGGCUCACGUGGUGCAGUCCGUGAUAGCGCGUGUGCGCUAAGUGUAUCAUUUACACCCACAAAAGCCUAGGUCCCGCUGCUGCGGUUCAGGGCAGCGUCUCCCUGCCGUGUGAAGAGAGUGGGCUGCAAGAGCGGUGGCUGAGGCUGUGUCCUGUGCCCUGACGUGUGCUGGGAGAGGCGUGUUCCCUAUUUCCAGCCACCGCUGCAUUUCUCACCGAAAGGUCUUUCCAUGUAGCCUUUGCUGCACAAGUCUUUCCUUACCCCUUUCCCUUGUGUUAGUGCAGCCAAGAAAAGGUGUCACUUGGCUCUGCCUGGAAGGUACUUCUGCCGCUGGGGUGUGCAUGUGCAAGUGCAAGGAGAAUGGGUUGGGGUCAGCCCUGAGAUGCAGGGGGAGUGCAGCAGACAUUCAGCCCUGUAGUUGUGGGGGGGUUGUCUUGGCCUCCGUAAUGAGCACCAUAAAAACACAUGUCUGCAGCCCUUCUCACGCGGGGCUGGAGCAGCUUACAGGCUCUGCUGCUCGUGUGUGGACCCGUUGCGUCUCCCGGGGCUGUCUGGGAUUCCAGAUGCGACUUUGGGGCGAGGUGCGGAAGUUGAUUUCAGUAUUCAAAUAUGCGAGCUGCGCUCAAACCAAACAGCCCCAGAUCUUUGUUUGUUGCUCAAUAGGCCGUGCACAUGAGUGACAAGCAGACACCAGCCCCCAAACGCAGCUUUGUGUGUAGUGGGGGUAGCCAGACCACGGAGAGCUGAGAAGCUGUCCAAGUGCGAGCCCUGCUUGAUAUGCGCUGCAAAAAGGCGAGAGCCCCCGGGACAGAAAGGAAAUGUCGUUGCUCCCACCUGGUCCCCUGUGAAAGCUGGCCAUCACUGUGUGGCUGCCAGGGCCACGUUUUGGGGGAUGCCGUGGCACCGCGGUGCCCAGCGGUCCUCCGUUCUGUGCCUUUGCCUGCCGCGGCUGUGUAGGUUGGUGCUCUGGGGGCGCUAGAUUUCCUGAGAGUGGGAGUGCAGAGCUGUUGGUUCCCAGCACCAGAGGAGCUGCUUGUCGUCAGUUAGUUUUAUCUUUGAAAUUAUUUUUGGAGGUUUUGUGGAAAAGCAAAGGCCAGCUGGCCCGGAGGAGAGCUGGGAGGAGCAGUGCUCUCGCUUUUGAGUUGACAGGAGAGGAGACCAUCCCAGUAUGGUCUACCGGCCUACUGCCCAAUGUACUGGGUUUUGAAACCUUAGAGUUGGUUUUGGUUCAAGGGAUGAGCACUUGAGGAAAAAAUGCAGCUCUCCGAGUUCGUCUACACCGAGAUUUCUCCCUAUAACAGCUGUCUGCUCCCACCACAUUGCUUUUUUUGAGAGCUGAAUGAAGACUCUGCAGUGACCCGGCUCUUGGAGGGGAAAAUAUGCUUGUAUCCAUCCUCUCAACAGCAAAACCUUUAGACGUGGUGAACAAAUCUAGUUCCAUCUUUUUCCAGUGGAUUUUUCUUGUCCCCAGCCCCCUUUCACACAGCUAUGUGUUUCUAUCUGAUAGUUUCUUUUUCUCUCUCCAGAUUUUGUAUAAAAAUGUUAAGUCCAAGCCUGCUGUAACCUUUAUCAGCUGGCAGAGCAUCUGCUACCUCACCGCCCCUUCCUGUCCGCUUUAGUGGGGGUUGCAAGAUGAAUCGGUGCUUGGUGGGGAGGACUUGGGCUUCUUCACGGGGCUCGGUGGGGUGCUGGUUUUUGGAUGUCUGACUCCUUAGGUAGUUAGAAAUAAGUAAGAGCAAAAGGAUAAGUAACUGCACUGGGAAAGUGUUUCUGGUCUAGAGGAAUGAGUUGUUCCCCUCCCGCCCCCGUUCCUUGCACGUGGGUGGCCAGCAUCUGUCGUGCCCGCCCUGCCGUCCAUUGUGCUUGCAUGUGCAGUGCCAUUUUGUCCAUGCCCUGCUGAGUGGUGAGAUCCUAGACAAUGAGGGUUGAAGGGCGCUCUGGAGGUCACAUCUAGUCCUACCCCCUGCUCCAAGCAGGACCAGCCCCAACUGCAGUAUCCCAGCCAAGGGUUUGUUGAACUGAUCCUUAAAAACCUCCAAGGAUGGAGACUCCACCACCUCUUUGGGUAACCUUGUCCCAGCGCUUCACCAUCCUCCUGGUGGGAGAGUUUUUCCUAAUAUCCAACCUCCACCUCCCUUGCUACAACGUGAGCCCGUUGCUCCUUGUCCUGUCAUCCGUGGAAAUGGAUUGACCUCCUUUCGAUUUUAGGGGAGACGGCUUGCAAGGGACUGCUCCUUGUGCACCCAAACGCGUGUCCCUGGGAGAUGUUUCCAGGUAAUCCUGAAGAACAAAUGGGACAAAGCAGGCCAAGGUGCCACGUGUGGUCUCCUCUCGGGUACAAGACCCCCAUUGGGAACUGCGGUUGUACUUCCACCAUUUCCCUUGUGCUGGUGAGGUAUAACCCAGAGUCCCAGCGUGUGCCACAGCCGGAGAUGUGCGAGGCCCAUGGGAGCCAUUGACUUUGCCUGUGGCAGUUGUGUAUUGCAGUCCUUCGUAAUUGUGAAUCAUAGCUGCAGCAGAGGCACCUGCCAGGCAGGACUGGGGAGGACUCGGAGACGAGGCAGGGCCUGAAGGGAAAGCCCGAAACACGGGCAAACUGCUUGUGGUCAGGGGUCCUCAGCUACUAAGCAGUGCUUGCUGCAGCACUUGGGGCAGACGGUGCUUUUAAAUCUCUGAGAGCAUUUAGGUGUUUCUCUCGCACUGAUUUUGGUGGGAAUCAAGUACCAAAUUCCCCUUUAAAAUUCAGCCCCUGGACCCAUCCCUUCUGAGCACGAGACGCACGGUCCCACGGGAGAGGGAGGUGGGGUAGGGAUGUGGAUCGUUUUUAUUCUAAGUUCAACGUGAGCUCGUUUUCAUUUUGUAUCCUAAAGCUAGGCAACCUCAAACAAAGGCCCGGGAAGGGAGUCUUUUUCCUUUCACUGUGUUUUCAGUUCAUUUAAGGAAAAUAGAUGUUUUAAAAUGUAAUAUGUAGGGUUUAAAUCGCCUCCUUAGUGUUGUCAUUUCGGUGCGUUUCCAGCAAUUAUGUAGAAGCUGUUUCAGGAAUCUGGGGAGAGGGAGCUGGGAUUUACAUGUUUCUCUCUCUGGUUCACUCUGUGCAUAAUCACCAUCUAUUUGUUGCCUUUACAAACUCCAUUUAUACACCCACUUCCCUUGCCAGUGCGAGUGGGCAUUUUAAUGCUAUUUUUGGAAGCUGGUUCUGCGCACUGAACCCACAUUAGACUGAAAGUAAUAUUAGUACUUCUGACCUGGGCGUCCUCGAGAUGCAAUGAGCUGCAGCAAAGCUCACUGCAAUGAUACGACUGGUCCUAGAGCGAACUGCCGCUUACAGUAAAUAUUGCUCUUUCGGUUACCGUAUUGUGGUUGAUGCGAAUGGUUAUGUCCACAGUUAGCCUGCAGACCCACGUUCACGAGCCAGUAUUGGACCUGUUUUUCAUUAUUUAAUAUACAUUUAAAGGCGACUUUAUAACAGGAAAACAGCAGGCGAAUCAAUACGGUCUGUUUUCAGGCCAGUGCUCCUCUCCCAAGACCUCUUCUUUCAGGCUGCUUAACGCUUCUCACCAACUAAUAAGAGGCUUUUGAGGCUGUUGCAUUAUUGGGGACCGGUCGGUAGGUGGCUCUUGGGGGAGGGAAGGGGCUGUGAAGUAGAGUCAAGUGUAUAGAAAUUGCAGGCAUUAGUCAUCAUUAAUAGGCUCGGGUUCUUGCUAAAUGUCAGGGUGGCAAUUUAAAGCCGUACACGUAAGCACAGUUUCGUGCAAUUUUGCCCUGUCCUGAAAUCUUACUGAGCAGUGCCCAGGAGCGGGUUUCAGUGAUGUGAACCAAGAUUUAACCGCUCCUUGGGGUCUUUGUGGGGUCAAAAUCCUGCCCUGAUUUCUUUCUUUUUAUCUUUUUUUUGCAAAGGAGGAUCUUUGUGGGAUUGCACUGGCAUGGGGCAUCACUGCGUGGCGACUUGCUGGGAGCCACCCACGUGUGCGAGGCCAAAUUAAAAACAUUGGGUGCAAAAGCCAGCAAUUCUCAGCUCCUCCCAGGAUGUGUGAGUGGCUGCUUGCAAUAAAAAAAAAAAAAAGAGAGAUUAAAGUACUUAAAAGGCAACUGAGUGAAGUCAGCUAGCAACCUGGGGAAUAUCUGCCCCACGAGCCAGCAUGCCCUUCUGCAGCAGGGCUCUCCUCUGCAUACUGAAUGCAGAGCCCCCCAUAACGCCCUGGCUCUAAUCUGCUUUCCCGGAGAGCUUAUAACGCUUCCUCUCCCCGCCACCAGUUUAGGAUGCAGCUGCGAGAAGGUGGGAGGGUGGGCCGCAGCGACGGGCUCGCUGCCAAGCAGCUACACGGCCUGGCCCGGGUUUUCGUCUCUGUGUUCCCCGAGCAAGAACGGUUUGGGGAGAGACCCUCCGCAGGCCUCUCCUGACAGACAUCAGCCCCCGCGCACGGCGUGGCAGGGACGGGAGCGCGCUGCCGAGCGUGGAAAGCUGCUGCUCCGAGCUGGAGGUCGGUGGGAACGCGGCAGACUUCCCAGGGGGGCCGCGCAGCUCCGAGCGCUCGUCACCUCCGUGAGAGGGACAGUCGUAGUGGCCGGCAGGGGUUUUAUGAGCCUAGACAGCAGCAUGACUCUUCCUCUGUGGACCGUGUUUGCAGUGUUUGUGCACGCCGCCCACCCUCAAUGAGUCAUGAGAAAGGUCUUUGUAGCCUGGUUUUGGCACGCUCAGGCAUUGGGCAAGCACUUGGUGCUCCCAGUGGGUUUCGUGGCUUCCCAAGCGGCAGGAUACGGUGGAAUCGGCUAUUUCUAAACCAGCGCAGGCUUUCUGUUGGACCUUGCAAAAGUGGCUUGGGGUUUGCAGGGAAGAGGGGGUCAUGACCUGGGUGCAGCCCCGCAUGAGACCUCUCUGUCCGUGAAACCAGUAUAGACCAGUUCCAUGGGGAUGGCUGCUGGUUGCGCGUGCAAGAGCGGGUCUGGUUAGAUAACGAGCGGAGCCCGUGGCGGACACGACCGUGACUCGCCUGCCCGGGAGCACAGCGGCACCGGAGCCGUGGCAGCAGUGUGAGCUAUCCCGGCGGCGUCCGAUGGGAGCCGUGGAGCGGGUUCCUCGGUCUUGUGUGGCCGGGCGGCGUGGUUUCCGGUCCAUGAACACGAAAGCAGGUGGGCAGGCACAAGUGUGUGAAGUGAGUGGCGUGCUCCAAGCCAGCCCCUGGGCGAGAGGUAAUGUGUUCAACCAAGGGACCAAAUGGAGGAGCCCAGAGAAGUGGAGCCCGUUUCAAAGCUGCCUGUUGCCCUUUCCCGUAGGGGCCGUGUCCCUCGCCUGCAAGGCCGUGGGGCGCAGGCCUGUCCUCCCCACCCCUGCGGUCCCCGAAAGGGGACCAGUCCUUUCUCCCCUGCCUCCAACUCGAGGUCACGCUGCACUUUGAGCUCAGUGCUGCCUCUGCCACCCCCCCAGUUGGUCCUUUAUGUGCUCGGGGAGUUACCGCCAGCACCGGAUUGGGGCCACGUUAGCAGGUCGAGUGCGUCCAAGAGCCCCGCGGCCUCCCUGCCCGCUCACGAUGCUGGUGAGGAAGGUGUGUCCAGCCGUUAACCCUGCCACCCCCCCAGGGUCUCUUCCCUCCUGCGGCUGUUCCUGGUGGACGCAGGUGAAAGGAGCAAAGAAUAAAACGGAGACGCCCUUUUGCAGCAAGCCUUUGCUCGCCUUUAUCUAACCUGUGUGCGAGCAGCGAGCGUCGCCGGAGCUCCUUGCCAGCUUGCAGACCACUGAAAGCAAAGCAAACAUCUUUGCAACAUGCUCUGAUACACGCUCCCUUUAGAGCGGCAGGCACCUCCAAUUAAUCAUCCUGUCCGGGGAGGAAGAAGCUUUGAAGAUUAGGGGACACUUGCCAAAGCUGACGGCUGAGGAAGGCGGGUGGGCACGGGCUCAACAUUAAGGGUAUAUGGGCUGGGUUCCCAGCUGGGCGAGCAGUGGCAGCCCUGGCUUCUCACUUUCCCCGUCUACAUGAGUGAUGUCUCUUCCGCGCAAGGCUUUCACCAGCAAAGUGCUGGGGGUAGAUGAGCAGGACCGGGUAGUUUUGCUACGCGCUGAACUUUUACCGAGGAGCCCGAUGGCCUUUGUGAGAGAGAGCUUUUACCGCGUCGGUCGCCUGGUUAUAAAAAUUCUUAGGCUUGAUGCCCGUAAUAAAUCCCGGGGCUGGCUGAGCCAAAUGACUUCUUGAAAUGUUAAUGGCCAAGAUGCGGGCGAUUCCCUGGAGUUGAGGGGGUCUGUGCGUGCAGCAAAGGGCAACUCCCUGUUGAAACCGUGCAUGUCAUCGCGAGCCGCGGACGCGCCGUAUCCGCCCCGCGGAGCCGCCAGGCAGGCUUGGUCUGUUCCUUUAGCUGCAUCCGCUCGGCGGCGAGCACGGGAACGUGCCACGUCCCUUUCUCGUGGGCUUUAAAGAAGAGGCCAACGUUGCACAGAAAAAAGGGGCGGGAAGUGAGGCCGGUGGCGGGUCGGUGCACGCUGCCUACGAGGGACAGGCGGGGACAGGCGGCCAGUCCAAGGUGCACCGGUGCCGGGGGCCGGGUGCGAGACUGCCGCAGAGCGGGGCGGGCUCGCUAAAACGAACAGCGCGCGACACCUUUCUUUGCGUGUACGGACGCAAGUGAAAAAUAAAUGUUUGCAUAUCUUCCUGGCGCGCCAGACAAGCUCCCAGCGCUUCAUCAGUGCUGCCUUAGCGAGCAGCUAAGUAGCUUGUUUGUUUCUCCACGCAAGCGCUCCCUUUGAAGAGCAAAUUGACCUGCAGAGACUAGAUCCAGGGCGGAGAGAAACAUGCAGUGUUUUCAGACCUUAUUUCUCUCCAAACCUGGAAGAGAUGAUGCCGGGGCGCGUACAAAUGCAGAGCAAUGUGCCCGAACCAAUAUGUCAAACUGUCAUGCGGGAGAUUUGGUGAAAAACAUCUUGUCCUGAGGGAAUCAUUUUAAACGCUAUAUGUAGGUUUGUAGCCUUGUAAGAGAUCAUUACUCAAAUCUAUUCCCUCUUACGGUGGCUCGGCCCUACUUAAGGUGCUCAAAAUGAGCAGCGGCCUAUUAACGUGGCCUCUAAGAGUAGUUACGGGAUGGUCGGGGGACGCGGAUCUCUGGUCGGGGAAUACAGGAUGUGGAGCCAAAUCAUCCGAUUUAGCCUUAACGAGAUCGGUAGGCGUCCAAGAGCUUCACGCUCGACUAGUCAUCGAGGGCGGGCUGCGGCAGGCCGGGCCCACGCUGUGCGGGGCGCCGGGCUCUGGGGCAGCCGGGGAGCAGGAGCCGAGGCUUUGUCAGAGCCGGUGAGGAAGUGUGAGGGACGAGCCCCGAGGCGGGCACCGGUCCGGGGUCUCCACCUCCUGUUUGUCACUUCAAUCUGGCAGCAGCGCUGACAUGGAGAGCGGACCCCCUUGCAGACCGCCGGCGAGGGCUCCCGCGCUCCCCUUGUCUGCGUGCGGCGCGGCUCUUCUCCCCUCCUCCCGUCUCGGUUUUGUUCCUUGCAGAACGGGCUGCAAACCUGCCCGGUCCCUGGCCUGCCCUGCCCCGGCCCGGGGCCGUGCGGGGUGCGGUGCGUCCGCGCUGAGCAGGCGAGGACGUUGUAGUGGGAGCUGAGUUGACGUGGUGCCUGCUGGGGCCAACCAAGGGAUCGGGAGGUGCUUAGUUCACAAGUGUCUCGUUAGUGACUUCACCGAGAGGGCACGCGCGGGUGCAAGGGAAGAGAGGCUGGAAGGCAGGCGUGACGCCGUGCCUGGAAGGGAUGACGAGUUCGCCGGCGUGAACCAGGCAGUCGCAGCUUUGCCUCGCGCUGCGUGAUCAGGUGCACGUGGCUUUGUGGCUUGUCCUGCUAAGGUGCAUGAAGCCGCCUCCAUGCUGGUUUGCCUUCCUGGUACCUCGUGUACUCGCAGGGUGCAAAAGCCUCCCCCGUGGACUAGCCUAAGGAAGGGGAGCAGUCGCGAUGAGCAGCCCCCUGACCGCCUGCGGUCCUGGGAGCCUGUUUUGGGGGUUGUAGGGAGGAGGCUAGGGGGAAGUCUCUCCUGUGAGCACCCGGGUGCCUUGGUUUUGGUUUGAAGGGCUUGUCGUCGGGUUGCGGGGAGCUGCCCGGGGCUGAUGCUUGCUGGGUAGCCUUGCCCUGGAUCUCCCUUGAGCGCAAAUGAACUCCCUCCUAAGUCUCCUGCUCGAACCCAGAGCACAUUUAAAGCAACGAUGCAGCCAUCAGCUUGCGCUGGGUCGGUGAUCCUGAAAACACAGCUCUUAGUUGCAGAGUAAAACCACGGGGAAGGGUUGGCCUCGUGCCUGCGUCAUCACGGCGGUGUGUGAAAUGUAAGAAGCCGCUCUCUCGCUCUCCUUUUCAGUGGCCGUUUAGAAACGUUUGCCUAGACGGUGCAGCGGGAUGACUCCCGGUCACCAGCGUUCGCUGGAAGCCAGCACGCAGGGGUGUGAGCAGUCGGACCUCAGCGUCUCCAGCGUGUGAGCAAGUAUCUGCAGGUAGCUCUUCUGUAGCCGUCGCCUGCUCCUCCAGGCAUUUGUAGACAGGCCCACGUGCACCCCGAGCUUCUCGUGGCAGUCCAGUCUUGCAUGAACUUCCCCAGGCAGCCAGCAAUCAGCGCGCCGGGCUGCUUGAUUUCCUUAUUGCCCCUGCAGCACCAGGCGCAGGUGCUGGCAAUAUCGGGACGAUGGGUCUCAGGAUGUGUGAUGAGCGAUAGCAGGGAGCAGGCAUCUCCCCGUGUUAGACUCUCGAACUCGGCAUCAGACCUGCCAGGAGAUGCCCCCUGGGGAGGCCAGCGGACAAGAUGCACCCGGAUAGCUCCUGGGACAGCAGCGGGGUACCCCUGCGCUCUGGGCGGAAAGAGCUGGAGGUGUCCAGAACUGGGGGACAUGGACUCGAACUAAUCGUGCUUUAUUUUUGGUGCACGAGGAUGCCAUACAUCUCCAGGCCCCUUCUGGGCCGGCUGCUCGGGCCUCGCCCCGACUGCACCGUAUUUCACGUUCCCGUCUUCUCUGGCUGCACGUAACCCAGCAGAAGUGGCACAUCCUGCAAACCAAACAUUUCUGUGCAGCAGGAGAGGACAUCUCCGCAGAGAGCAUAGGUAACAUGGGGAUAGAUGCUACGGCUUUCCUGCCCUGCUUACUCACAUGUCGGAGCUCAGGUUUCAGAUGGAGCGCCGGUCUGGGAAGUGUCUUCAGCCUCUUUGCUGGUCGGAGGGUCGGCGUGUUGUAGCUGACAGUUGUUUAUCCAGAAAUCGGCAACUCUGGGGCAGUGAAAGGCCGACUCCCCCUGCUUUACCUGCUAGUCCCAUCCAUCUCUGCUAACAAAGCGCCUCUGGAUGGAGCGUGUGCUGCAGAGGGCAGGAGCACAGGGAUCGUUAGCGCGAGCGCGGCAGGGAAAUGCGAAGGCAGGCUGGGUGCAACGAACCUGCCGAGGCCGCGCGGUGGUUUCUGGGCCGGCGUCGCAGCAGUGUUCGGACGUUUGGGAUUGUGGCUUUCGGCAAGAGGAGUGGAACGAGCCCCACGUUCGGCAGAGCAGGAAAGCGCUCGCUGGCUCUAAAAUACGGCAGCUUUGUCAAGGCCAAAUAAUAACGAGAAGAAUUAAUGAUAAACUCGUGUGUAAACCUUUCCCCUCCCCAAGACUGGAGCUGUAACGCUUGUCAGCCCGGCUCCUCCUGGGCCCUCGCCCCCGGCACUACCUCCCUAGUCAUUUGUGCCCAACCAAAGCCAGGCAGUGCCCAUCCCCACAAUACCUGUUCAUGGGCUUUCCCAAUCCUGCUUGCCCGUUUAUGUGAGUAGCCAGUGGGUUAUUCUUACCUCUGGUGGAAAUGUCAUGGUAGGCAAUAAGAUGGCUUGUCGGAGGAAGGGGAGCAGGAGGGUUGCUUUGCUCUUGUCACGUGUGGGUUUUAAGAUGCUUUCUUGAAAAAGUCCUUCUCUGUACAAGGAAAGCAGCCAAAUGGUGCAUUUGUGGACACGUGUAAGCAGAGAACUUUUCUGUACAGGGUAGCAAAAGCCUUUAUUUCUUACGUGCAUUAUAGUGUCAGAUGUAGGGAUCAAACGGCUGCUGAUCCAGGUAGCCAAGCCCAGUCGCAGCCCCGAGGGGCUCUCGGCUCGCGAGGUCUGUGGGGUUGGCUGCCGGGACGGGGCCAGGACAGACGCCCGCAGGCAGAGAGACCUGGGACUGUCACGGCUGCGUUGGUAGGUGCUCUGGCUCUUCAGCUCAAAGGCUGCUGCACGCGGCUUUACGGCAGCUGUGCCUGACUGAAUUGCCGCUGAUAGUCCUUGGACAGUGGUGCACGAGGGGCUCCGUUCCCACCCUCGCCUCCUUUUCUCCAAGGCAGGACGACCGCUGCUAUCACGCGGGGUAAUCGCGGGGGACUGCUUUCCCUGCGCUGAGGCCCAUUUGGAGAGAGGCCGAAAACGAAAUAAAUGCAUGAGGCUGGGUCCUGUGCGGGGUCCCAGGCACAGAAGAGAAUGGGCUUUCUGUAAGAGCCUUAUUUGCUCCUCCGAGCCCUCGAGCUGGCUUGCUCUUCAAGCCAACGUUGCACGGAGGCGUGUUACUCUUGGGACAUGUCGUCUUAGAUGAAGUAGUUUCUUUCUCCCUUUUAAAGGUGAGAAGCAGAAAUGAGUCCUUGCUCGUCUGCAGUGCUCCGCUGCUUCGGCUCCUUCUUGAAGGACCAGCGUGAAGAUGGGGGAGGACCGACUCCCGAGCGUGCGGUUUGCUGCUCUGUGUCCUGUCCGGAGCACAGCUGUGACGUGGCCGGAAACCACGGGGCACCCUGAUCUGGCCUGGCGUUGACAGCGGCUCGGCCUCCUCGACCCGCUGACCUCUGGGUCGUUAUUGCAGCAGCGAGGGGUGCCCUAUUCCUGCUAGUAAUGUAGACGGAAGCACAGGAUUGGCGAUGUGGUUUUGCAUUGCCUCUGGCAGCGAGCGUGCUAGGGUAGCACUUUUGCUAUGUAGCCAUCCGGGUCAGCAAUGCAGGCCGGUGUCCCUGCUCUCUGCUCGGGCCCGGGGUCACUGCCUCACCUGUGCUCUCGUGGCUCAAGCCUGUGUCUCUGCACUCAGGGGCGAUGCUGUAGGAGCCAGGAUGUUGCUCACACCCUGAAAUCACCCAGCAUUAAAUGCCUUUCCCAUUUCAAGCCGCGACUAUCGGAUUGUUUCAGGAUAUUUUACGGUUAAUGUAAAUCUGAUGUCACCGUGAUUCUGUCACCAUGCCAGUAGGAUGUAGACCUAGUCAGGUCCUCUUUGGUAUCUGAUUUUAGCGGCAGGUUAAAUGAGCCAAACAUAACUUGCUCCACGGAGCGUGAUAAGCUAACACCACUUAGGUUUAUGGAUAUUAGUAAGACGUCGCAGAGAAAAAGCCUUAGUGGGCUUAAGCGUUUUCACCCGGUUUCUGACAGUCAGCGCGGUCCAGCCUCCGUCCGGAUGCAUGGGGGGAUUUGGACUCCAAAUCCGCGGAGAUGUGUUCUGGGGACGCGGGAAGGAGCACGCAAGAUGAACCAUGAAGGAAGAGGCUCUUGCCUCUGCUGCGGCUUUGUUUGGGAGCACGGGUGUGCGGUUCACGUUCGAGUCGUGGAGCCCAGAACAGCUCCUGCUGCACCCGAGGUCAGAGGCCAGCAAAGCAGGGGGACCUGUUGGUGCUGAGGGGUCAGCAGCACCAGCCACGGUGGUGCUUCGGCUGUGUGCAAGGGGGAAGCGAACCAGGUGAGCCCUCCUGGGGUUUGCCUUUAUAGCGUUGAGUGUCGACUCAAGCGCUUGCCCCCCUGCGUCGUCAAGACGCGUGACCUGGCGUGCGAGAGGGCCGUCGACUGGUGCAUCCUUCCUGCCUGCACGCUCGAGGCAGGGCAGUGCGGGAGCGUGCCCAGGGCUGCACCCCGGAGAUGGGACGGCGUGGAAGAGCGGUGGCUGUUGUGUUUGAACCCUGGGGCGAGGGCACGCCGACUUCCUCUGCCACCUUGCGUGGCUGGACCCGAGGCCGUCCGUUACCCGCAGGACUGCAGAGCUCUCGUGGUCGAAACCUCGGGCCUGGUGCUUUGUUGCUGCGGUGGAAAGCUCGGCAGACAGGCACGCGGUGCAGUGUGGUCUGGCUGCUGCAGACGGGCUUCUUGUAACACCCUGGGAUGUCCUUUGUGGGUCUGCUUCUUUGGUGGCUUCAGGGAUUGCAAAAUGUAUGUGUGUGUGUGUAAUCAUGCAACUAAUGUCGUGUGCUGUUUGGGCUCUUGCAAACCAGCGAGCUUUGCUUCACUACCAGGCAGAUGGAUUUAAAUGGUAAUUAAGUUUUAAGACAUCUAGAGGGGCACAGCAUGAUGUGGGCAAGGCAGCGUGGGUUUUGCUAAGAAGGAAGCCGUGCCUCGCUAGCCUGUUUUAAAAUUCUCCAAACAGGUCCUCAGCGGUAGGGGUGAAGGUGCCUGGCUGGGGGCAGCGAGGGCUAGCGGUCGCUGUGCUGGAUGGGUUUCGGCAUCCGUCCCGCUGUAACGGUGCAACUGCCCUUUGAUUCUGCAACUCUGGGAACGUGCUGAGCUUGGGUGGGAAGAUCCCUGCUGCUUUUGGCGACCAGAAAGACUUGAUUUCUGCUAAAAUUGGGGGUUUUGCUUGCUGACAGCAAAAUCAUGCUGAGGAUUGUCUGGAGACCGAAGGGAGGAGGACUAGGGUUCCUGCAAGGGCCUUGGUGUGGGGGCAGGAGAGGGCCCACACAAUUAGACCGAGGGGGAGCGUGGGAUAUGGGGCAGUGGUUAGGGACAGAGCGGGUUUCUGUGCUGGAAACGCUGGGUUCUGCAAUGUCGGCGUGUUGCUGGGAGCAGGGCUCAACUUUUGUUGGGCUCCAGGUAGGCUGGAGGGCUCUGCCAGGCAGCUGCCCACCCCUGGGCAUGUGUGAUGGGCCUGGCGUGCCGAAGUGGCUCCCUGGGGACUCUUCAAGCAAUGCGGGGGGUUGCGAGGUGAGAAGCAGUCUUCGCUGGUGAACCGUGCGAGAAGGGAAGAGUUCGGAGCAAAGGGCUGAGCUCUCGCACGGAGGGGUAGCUAGCAGGGUAGCGAUGGGUGCUCUGCGGGGGGGCGAGGCGAGGGGACCUGGGAUGACUGGGGUCGACCAGGACAAAAGGAAGUCCGGGAGCAGAUCUGGGCAGCGUGGAAGCUCAGGUCACAAAGGCAAUGUGUAUUGGAGAGGUAAUUUGUACGACCGUGCAUCCGUCCGGGGGGCAGGGGCUCAGCUUGUUCCAGGGAGAUCUGCCCGCAUCACUGGGAUUGAACACAGUAUUUGGGCGAACGAAGCACAGACUGGGCCUAUGCUUCUCCCAUGGUGCUAGAAACCAGUGGGAUGCCUUGGCCUCCAGUACAGGGGAUCGGCUUGGGCCCCUUUUUCUCAAAAACAGGGCCCAGAGAUGGGGAGGGAAGUGAUGGAAGAGGAGAAGUUUUGAGAGGACUAGGUCUGAGCAGGGGCAGGGAAGGCAAAUCCCGAUCCACGUGGUCCUUUGCUCGAGCAAGGACAAAACGCUGGUCAGCCACACCGAACACGGUUGAAUUUCCAACCCGUAAAAGGAAACGCCUCUUGUACAGCAGGUAGAUAGCUGGUGAAACGUCUUCAUGUGAGAUGUGCCAAAAUUGUUGAGCGUGGACGUGGCACGGUGGAACCGACCCCUGCCAUUGCAGUAGAUGGGGCAACAGGUACGGGACGCAUGUAGGGCGUCCGCCUAGCACGGGGCGAGGCUGGGGAGAAACGUCUCUCCGUUGGCUGUCCACCAUGAGAUUUGCAGCGCCUUCCUUGGGCGCAGCCACCGCCGUUGGGAUGCCAGAGGGGCUCACGGUUCACCACGUCGCGGGACCGCCGCCGGCCCCCGUGCGCGGGAGCUGUGCCGGGGCUUGCUGGGAUGACAGAUGCGUUCAGGGCCGCGGCGUGUUCCUUGCUUCGUUCAGCCCCGUGUGAAUUGCUGCUGCGUUAAGUGUAAAACCGGUGUUGCCUUGGCCUUGUAAUAACCUCUCUCUCCACCU